GGCGGCUGCGGAUCUGGCAAGAGCGGGGAAGGCACUGGGAGGGCCGGGCUGCUGCGCGCGACUCUGCUGCAUCUCUGCCAAUGGUGGACAUGUGCACAGAUCCCUUCCUUGAGCCCAGAUGAUGCUCGUACCGAUGGCUUCCAUGAUGGUGGUGACCGAGCCCAAGUGGGCUUCCUUUGGCGGCCGCUUCCUGUGGGUGACGCUGCUGAGCAUGGCACUUGGGUCCCUGCUGGCCUUGCUGCUGCCGCUGGGGGCCAUGGAAGAGCAGUGUUUGGCUGUGCUCAAGGGCUUCUACCUGCUCCGGAGCAGACUAGACAGGGUGCAGCACGCCGUCACCAAGUGCACCAGCCCUUCCACAGAACUCAGUGUCACCUCCAAGGACGCUGGGCUUCUGAUGGUCAAGACCAAAGCCUCUCCAGCCGGGAAGCUGGAAGCACGGGCAGCCCUGAAUCAGGCCCUGGAGAUGAAGCGCCAGGGCAAGCGGGGCAAAGCCCAUAAGCUCUUCCUCCACGCCCUCAAGAUGGACCCGGCCUUCGUGGACGCGCUCAAUGAGUUCGGCAUCUUCUCCGAAGAAGACAAGGACAUCAUCCAGGCGGACUACCUGUACACAAGGGCCCUGACCAUCUCACCCUACAACGAGAAGGCGCUGGUCAACCGCGACCGGACCCUGCCGCUGGUGGAGGAGAUUGACCAGAGGUACUUCAGCAUCAUUGACAGCAAAGUGAAGAAGGUCAUGUCCAUCCCCAAGGGCAGCUCAGCGCUGCGGCGGGUCAUGGAGGAGACGUACUACCAUCACAUCUACCACACGGUGGCCAUCGAGGGCAACACCCUGACGCUGUCAGAGAUCCGGCACAUCCUGGAGACCCGCUACGCCGUGCCGGGGAAGAGCCUGGAGGAGCAGAACGAGGUCCUGGGCAUGCACGCCGCCAUGAAGUACGUCAACACCACGCUGCUGUCCCGCAUCGGCUCCGUCACCACCAGCGACGUGUUGGAGAUGCACAGGCGUGUGCUGGGCUACGUGGACCCGGUGGAGGCCGGCCGCUUCCGCACCACCCAGGUCCUCGUGGGCCACCACGUCCCUCCGCACCCUCGGGAGGUGGAGAAGCAGAUGGAGGAAUUCAUCCAGUGGCUCAACUCCGAGGAGGCCAUGGGUCUCCACCCAGUGGAGUUCGCCGCCCUGGCGCACUACAAACUGGUAUACAUCCACCCGUUCAUCGACGGCAACGGGCGGACCUCCCGCCUGCUCAUGAACCUCAUCCUCAUGCAGGCCGGCUACCCGCCCAUCACCAUCCGCAAAGAGCAGCGGUCCGAGUAUUACCACGUGCUGGAAGUGGCCAAUGAGGGCGACGUACGACCCUUCAUCCGCUUCAUUGCCAAGUGCACGGAGACCACCCUUGAUACCCUGCUUCUGGCCACAACCGAGUACCCAGUGGCGCUACCCGAGGCCAAGCCCAACCACUCUGGGUUCAAGGAGACCCUGCUGGUGAAGCCCUGAC